AUGGAAGCGCUUCAUUCGCUGCCUCGGAACCCGGACGUUUCAAUGCGACAACCCUCGGCGGAGGAUCUGGAUGCUGCACAGCAGUUGAUCUCCUCAGCACAAGCAGGUCGUGAACAUAUGGCAGAUAAACAUCGGGAGGAUCCCAUGGCUCAUGGACCUGGCCAAUUUGCAUCAAAUCAAUGGAUGGGACAAAAUGACAUUAGCGAGAAGACAUCGACAUCCCCCUCGAGCCAAAAAGAUACCACGUUCCUGGGGCAUUCAUGCAGUAAUUGCGGCACAAAAAGUACACCACUCUGGCGUCGUUCUCCAACGGGUGCGAUGAUCUGUAACGCCUGCGGUCUCUAUCUCAAGGCUCGCAACGUCGCUCGUCCCACGAAACGAAAUCGCAUGCAAGCUGAGAGUGGUGAGAAGCCUCCUCCUUCAACUACUUCUCACUGCGGCGGCUCCUCAGGGGGCGGUGGUUGCAAGGGAUCGUGUCCUGGCGGUGGAAGUUGUAAUGGAACUGGUGGCGCAGAGGGAUGCGACGGAUGUCCAGCGUACAACAACCGGAUCUACAAGUCUACUCCUCGAGGCGCGUCUGCCAUACAAUCUUCAUGGGGGCGUCAUCCAGCACAAGAAACUGACCCGGUGCCGCAAGAGGAGCCACCGACCAAGGCUCCUGCUCCUGCGGAUGGAACUAAUACGUUAGUCGCAUGUCAAAAUUGCGGUACAACCGUAACUCCCUUGUGGCGGCGCGACGAACAGGGCCAUCCCAUCUGCAAUGCUUGUGGAUUGUACUAUAAGCUCCACGGAUGCUAUCGCCCCACCAACAUGAAAAAAUCCAUCAUCAAACGUCGCAAACGUGUUGUUCCCGCUCUACGAGACCAGUCUCCUACUGCUGCUACGCUUUCUUCCAAUGGAUCGUCGGCAUCCCCGGAAGCAUCACCUGCUACUCUGGCACAUGGCUAUGAGGAUCACCAUAGAUACAUGAGCAGUGAGCCCCUGGACCACUACCACGUGCAUGGAAAAACCGAAGACGCACCUCGCACCUUGCCUUUUGCUCCACCGCCCGUUGAUUUCACUGGUUACAAUGCCUUAUCUGUUCCCCUUACACAUGGCCUUCCUAUCUCCCACGGCUUACCCAAGCCCUUGGGAGUGGAGCGGCUGGGACAAUCGCCCGUGUCUCACUAUGGGCGACGGUCUGCAUCUCCAAAUUCCAUCAACCUCCCUAAAAAGCGGACUUUGGCCGAGACAGCAACGGAAGCUUUGCCGACUCCGUCCACAUUGGAAGCCGGAUCGAAUCAACUGCCGCCGAUUAUGUCCUCGGUCAAUCCUACUCCCCCCGGCCGUCUCAGCUCUAUUUCGUCCAUUCUAAACCAAUCAGAUGUUCGGGGCGAGCCGCGCCCAGAUGCCAAUCUGGGACGUCCUCAACCUAUGCACCAUUCCGUCUCCCCCUCGCCUCACCCGCCGCAGCCUUUGCCUAGCAUUGCAUCUCUUGGCGAUUCGGUGGAUCGCCGUGCCCGACUCGAACGGGAAGCCGAACAGAUGCGCGAGAUGCUCAGAGCGAAGGAGCGCGAACUGGCAGAGAUGAGACGGUAG